GUCUUUCCUCCUGUAGCUCCUUCUGUAUAAAUCUGAAUCAAAUUCUCAUCCAUCUCACUCACUAAAACACCUUCAAUCUGAAUUCUGAAGUUCGAAACAAAUUUGCAGCAGUUGUUCAUGAACCAUGGCUACUCUUCAAGCUUCAUUUUGCUCUUCUUCUUUUUCUUCAGCUUCAUUUAAAAAAACCAAAACCACUUUCCACACCCCAAAAUUCCAAAAAUCAUCCCAUCUCUCAGUUCCUAGGCUGGAUGAACUGAGUCAACCCAAUGGGUUACUAAAUCUAACAGCAACUUCAACUCAUAUAGAAAUGAACCCAAAUUUUAAAAACACUAGGAGAUCAAAGGGUAGUGAAGCAAUUUCAGAUUCAAAGUUGGUGCAAGAGCUAUAUGCAAUAAAGGAAAUUGUCUCUGACAGAGUAGAAAUGCACAAGAACAUUUGUGCCCAGAGGGACAAUUGGAAUGGCCUGCUUCUCAACUCUCUGAAUGGAAUGACAGCCACUGCUGCAAUCAUGGCUGGACUUGCAGCUGUGAGUGGAUCUGGAGGAGCACCCAUUUUGGCUCUCAAGCUCUCUUCCAGUCUCCUAUACAUGGCUGUCACUGGGAUUUUGCUGGUGAUGAAUAAGAUCCAGCCUUCUCAGCUAGCAGAGGAGCAGAGAAAUGCUUCAAGGCUUUUUAAGAGGCUUCAUGAAGAGAUCAAAACCACUCUGGCUUUAAAAACCCCAACUUCAAAUGAUGUGAAGGUUGCAAUGGAAAAGGUUUUGGCUUUAGAUAAGGCCUACCCACUGCCCUUGCUUGGGACCAUGAUUGAGAAAUUUCCCUCCCUUGUGAAGCCUGCUGUGUGGUGGCCAGAAGAAUCCAAGCCUCAACAUGAAGAGACGAGUGAGACGGUUGAGAGGAAUGGGUGGGAUGAGAAGCUGGAAGAGGAAAUGAAGGAGAUUUUGGGUGUGGUGAGAGGAAAAGAUGCUGCAGAAUAUGUGAGGCUAAGCAAUGUGGUGUUGAAGGUUAACAAAAUACUAGCAUUCUGUGGCCCUUUGCUCACUGGUUUUGCUGCAGCUGGGGCAGGGCUUGUUGGGUUGACUGGUUUUGGUUCAUGGGGUGCAGUUUUGGCUGUGGUGUUUGGGGCUUUGGCCAGCGUGGUCAAUACUUUGGAGCAUGGUGGGCAAGUGGGAAUGGUGUUUGAGAUGUAUAGGAGUUCUGCAGGGUUUUUUAAGCUCAUGGAGGAGACCAUAGAAUCAACUCUCAAGGAAGGAGAGGUUGGAGAGAGAGAGAAUGGGGAGCUGUUUGAAGUGAAAGUGGCUCUUCAGCUUGGCAGGAGCCUUGCAGAACUCAGAGACCUUGCAAGUUCUUCAUCUUUGUCUUCAAGAUUUAAACAGGCUAAAGAAGAAUUUGCAAGCAAGCUUUUUUGAUUGAUUUCCCUUGGGUCUCCUGACUUUGUUAGAUAUAUUCUUCUUCUUCUUCUUUGUCUUUUGUUUUGUUUUUGUAUAUUUAAGUAGAAGAAAUCUGGACAAACUAGUCUUUUGAA